UUCAAUCGUUAGUAAAAAUCGGUUUCAACUGGUUUCUGUUAACUGAUAGAUGUUCAACGAGCCAAUGUUUUGGUCGAAACUAGUCAGGUCGUUGUUCAAUGGAGCAAGUUGAAACUAGUCGAAACCAAUCCAGCUCGGCAGCAGGAUUAGUUUCGACUUGGUAGAAGUCGGUCGAAGUCAAUUGGAAAGAGACAGGUGAUCAACUAUCAAUCCAUUUCUACUUGUUUCGACCCGUUUCUACUAGAGUUGAUUGAACAGACAUAAUAAAUUUAAGCGCGCUGCGAGGGAUUGAUUAUAAGACGUCAACAUUCUUUUAUAAUUUCUAUUUUAACCAUUUUAACCUAAGAAUUACUGAAAGUUGGACUUCAAAAUGGAUCGACAAAGUCAUUCAUUCCGUAGGGCAGAAGCAAUCGAGGAUGAGGAAGGGGAGACAUCCGUACCAAAGAAACGGCUAAAGUUGUCGGAUAAUAUGCCUGGCAUGUAUUCGGAACAGUCCCGGAGAAUGAUGGAGAAGAUGAAUUUUGAUAAAACGAAGGGUUUGGGCAAAAGUAGCCAAGGUGUCCUCGAACCUGUUACAAUAACUACACAAAAGGGAAGAAAGGGUUUGGGUGCGCAACCUGAUGGGAUUGAAUUGGCGGCAUCGACAUGGGAUCAUUCCAAGGAAAAACUGAACAUUCCUGAAAAUGUUAUUUGGCUCCAUAACACAGAACCUGAAGAAGAGGUUCAAAUUACAGCCGAUACACUCGAGCAGUGGUUGAAAAGUGGACCACCUAAGCUAACUAUUGAUGAUGAAACGUUAUUUUGUGACGAGCAGAUUCUUUUGCAAAUACUGGAAUCAAAAUCAAUAUUUGACAAGCUCGAUGCAAGGGAUAUGAGAGGAGCCAGGACGAGAUCCAACCCGUUUGAAACUAUUAAAAAUAAUAUUUUCAUGAAUCGAGCAGCUGUCAAAAUGGCCAAUAUGGAUGCAAUGUUUGACUACAUGUUUACUGAUCCAGUCAAUCCAAAGGGCGAGCCCCUUGUUCGAAAAGACGAUUUGCUGUACUUUGCAGAUGUUUGUGCUGGUCCCGGUGGGUUUUCGGAAUAUUUCCUCUGGAGAAAAGGAUGGGCGGCAAAAGGGUUUGGAUUUACCUUACGAAAUGAAAAUGAUUUCAAGCUAAGCGAUUUUAUUGCUGGUACUCCAGAAACAUUUGACCCUUUUUAUGGUACCAAAAAUGAUGGCAAUAUUUUCGACCCUGAGAACAUUGAUUCAUUCACCGAUUACGUUAUGGCACAAACUACAUCUGGUGUUCAUAUAAUGAUGGCAGAUGGUGGGUUCUCUGUAGAUGGACAAGAAAAUAUCCAAGAAAUAUUGUCCAAACAACUUUAUAUGUGCCAGAUGAUAGUGGCUCUCAAUAUCGUUCAAACUAACGGGCAUUUUGUUGUUAAGUUGUUUGAUUUGUUCACUCCAUUCAGUGUAGGAUUGAUAUAUUUAAUGUAUAAAUGCUUUAAAAGCAUUAGCAUAUGUAAACCAAAUACAAGCCGACCAGCCAAUUCCGAACGUUACUUAGUUUGCAAGUGGAAGAAACCAUUAGCUGAUACCGUGGCACGUCAUUUAUGUCGCGUGAAUACAUUGAUAAACAGUAAGCACAACUCAAAGGACGUUUUAGAACUGGUGCCAUAUCAUGUGAUGAAAUCAGACGAGAUUUUCUUCCAGUACGUGACGAACAGCAAUAAUGAGAUCGGAAAAAAUCAAAUCAAUGCCUUGAAAAAAAUUGCCGCUUUCAGCAAUGAUCCCUGCAUGAUUGAAUCCAGACAAAGCUCCGUGAAAGAGCGGUGUUUAGCCUUAUGGAAAUUGAGUGACCGCAUACGUAAAAAUCCUAAAAUUUCCGUUCAAGAAGAGCUUGAUAUUAUUAUAGAUAAAUGGGAUAAAAGUUUUUUCAAGGAUGAACCAAAAUACUUGAACGUCAGCCUGCUGGAAAACCUUUUUCCAUCAAUUUUGGGCUGGUAUUUUGUGCCCCUAUCUUAUGUGGAAAACGAAACCAGCAACAUUCGUUCUUUCUUUUUGGGAAGAGGAGGAAAAGAUGUAUUGCAUUUGGAUAAAAAAGGCCGGUGGGUACCUUUGGAAAAACUAUACUUGGAACUUUCUCCGCGAACGCUUGUUUAUGCUGAAAUUGUUUGCGAAUAUCUGGGAUCUGGUAAAUCGUUACGUACAAUACGCUCGUUCCAUAUUAUUGAUGGCAUUAUGCUUGGCGGGGUGGAUAUCCGGAAAUAUUCAUUAGAAGAAAGAGUUCGACUAUGCGAAAAGUAUUCAAGAGCUUUAAAUAAACCAUGUAAAACUGUUGGUUUAACUGAUACAACGUAUACAACAACGGUACCUAUACGCUGCAAGAGACUCUAUAAAAUGAACGAAAUAGAAGGUUAUUUCCAUACACUAGAAGACUACAAGCUUAAGGAUGGACAAAUUCGCCUGGGAUACAAAGUGCGAGAUAUAACAGAGCCAGAACGCUUCUGCAUACCAAAAGGAUUGCUCUUUCUUACGGAAGUGCGACAUGACUAUUUGAAAAUGUACUCAAAAAGCCAACGCAAACACUAUUUUUAUAAGAAAGACGAUAGAACGUCCCUUUUUCCGGACCAAAUGUUAUCCGUAGAAGAAACAAUUGCGUCAUUUAGAAGUUCAUACAGCAAUAGAAUUUUGUGGGAGUGGAAGAAGGCAACACAAGUACUGCGUGACAUAGCAUAUGGUGACAGGGAACCCGAAUUGUUGUAUCGUGAAGAUUUAAGAAAAUUUGUGGAUAGUAAAAAUAUUCCCCAAUAAAACUUUUAA